CCAUCCAUUUGCAGGCACAUCAUCAGAUCAGAUCAGAUCAUUCUCUCUCUUCCUCUCGGAACCAAUUCAGCCUUGUCUUUCAUGUCAUUUGUACAACAUUCUGUCCGGAUCGGAGACAAUUCAAGAAAGAAGAAUUUUUCUUGGAAUUUGAAUUUGAAUUAGCUUAAGUAGAGAAGCUAGCUAGAUAGCCAUGGGGGAAGAGAAAGAGAAGUUUCAAAAUGAAACACCCUCUAGCUCUGUCGACGCAGAAAACCAAAACCAAAACCACCACCACGACGAAAAUCAAAAACCAGAGGCGGCCAGAAAUGAGGAACAAUGUGUAGAGCAUACCGAGAAGCCGGCCUCCGUGGAGGCGGAUGAGGGGCGGACGGCUAGUGAUGAUCACCAGGAGACGACAUCCGGCGGUGGUGAUCAUCAGGAGGAGGAGGAGGAGGAGAAGGAGAAGAUUGAAGCAGGAGAUGGCGGGGAGGAGGAGGGAGCGACAACCAAGAAUGAAGAUGGGGAAGAAGGAGAAGGAGAAGAAGAAAAACCACGUUAUCUCCCUCCCGAUCUCUCUAAGGUAUCUGAAGAGGUGGAUCAAUACAUUUCAGAUAAUGAUACGUUAUUGGAGUCCAGAGGCGGCGGCGGAGACGAUGAUGAAUCGUCCAAGUCUUCUCCUCCUCCGCCGGAUGAAGUUCCCAUAUAUGUGGAACAAUUCGCAUUGCUUCUGGAAGACUUGUUGCAGGGGUACAAUACCGGCGGCGAGGCGGCCGUGAAAUGGAGGGAGCUAGAGGAGGAGGACGCCGCCUCAUUGUUGGAAGCCGUGAAUCGGAUUUGCAGGCUAUACACAUCCAUCUCGCAAUUCUAUUCUCCAGAACGACAAAAAUACGCCAAAUCAAUCAGCCGCGUAGGCGGAGUCCUCCACCGCGCAAUGCGUUUCGUGGAAGAAGAAUUCCGAUCAUGUCUCGACGAUUAUAAGUUCCCGGAUCCUCCAGCACCACCUCAGCAGCCAGAUCCAGCUUCCGACGAUCCAGCUCCCGACGAUCCCGCUUCCGGCGAUCCAGAUCCCGGCAACGAUGAAACCGAGGAGAACAAAGAGGAAGAAGAAGAAGAAAAAGAAAAAGUAAAAGAAGAGGUUGAUUCCAGUGGUGAAUCGCAACAACUCCCGGCGGAGGAUCCGCCGGAAGAGACGACACCACCACAACCGCCUCCGUAUUUCCCGGGAUAUCCCGAGGAAAUGGUGUCCAAAUUAAACAGACUCGCCAAAGCCAUGAUAUUCGGGGGGUACGAAACGGAAUGCUGUCAGGUAUACUUCGUGGCGCGAAAAAACGCAUUGGAGGAAACUCUCCGGGGAAAGCUAGGGUUCGAAGGCUACAGCAUCGAUGACGUCCAGAAGAUGAACUGGGAGACGGCGGAGAGAGAGAUCUCAACGUGGAUGGCCGCCUUCAAGCACAGCGCCACCGUGCUCUUCUCCUGCGAACGAAAACUCGCCGACGCGGUGUUCAACGACUGUCCCCAACUUUCCACCACCAGCGAGGCCAUCUUCAUCGGCUUAUCCGGCGGCCUCAUCAUCCAGUUCCUCAUCUUCCCCGAAGCCAUCGCCAUGACCAAACGCUCCGCCGAGAAGCUCUUCAAAUUCCUCGACCUGUACGAAACAAUGCGAGACAAUCUCCCAACCGCGUACGAAAAUUUCCCUCCAGAUUACAUAACCGAGCUAAAAGCGGAAGCGGCUUUAACAAGAGGCCGGCUGGGGGAGGCGAUGGUGGGGAUAUUCUCCGAGCUGGAGAACUCAAUCCAGUCCGAUUCAAACAAAACCCCAGUCCCCGGCGGCGCGGUUCAUCCCCUGAGCCGUUACACCAUGAACUAUCUAAAACUAGCGGGAGACUACAUGGAAACGCUGGAGCAAGUCUUCAAAGAUCACUGGAAAAUCGAGACCGGAUCAGACUUCGAGUAUAACUCCGAGCAAUCUAAGAGCCACAAACCCCCCACCGCCCCCAAACAAUCUCCAUUCGAGCUCCAAAUCAGAAAAGUAAUGGAACUUCUCGACGCAAACCUAGAACUCAAAUCAAAGCUCUACAAAGACCUCCCGCUCUGCUCCAUCUUCAUGAUGAACAACGGGAGAUACAUUCUCCAGAAAGUUCGAGAAUCCCCGCAGCUCACCGAGCUGAUGGGGGACCAGUGGGCGCGGAAGCAAUCGCAGGAGCUAAGACAGUACCACAAGACGUACCAGCGGGAAACGUGGGGGCGGUUAUUGCAGUGCUUGAGCAUGGAGGGAUUAAUGAGCGUGCACGGGAAAGUGCACAAGCCGGUGUUGAAAGAGCGGUUCAAGAGCUUCAACUUAGUGUUCGACGAGAUCCACAGGUCGCAGAGCAGCUGGGUGAUUAGCGAUGAGCUGCUGGAACAGGAGAUCCGGAUCUCGAUAGUGAGUAUGGUGAUUCCGGCCUACAGGUCUUUCCUAGCAAGGUAUAGCCAAAUCUUCACCCCGGGGAGGCAGACCGAGAAGUAUAUCAAGUACCAGGCUGAAGAUAUAGAAAAUUACAUUGAUGAGCUGUUUGAUGGGAAACGCUAAAACAUAUAUACACCCCGCACUAACCCCCCAA